UAAAUUUCCUCCUCACCUACCUUAUUUUCACACAAUUAAUACCCCACUUAGCUAUUAAUAAUCCUACACACACACACAAACCUAUUACAUAUACCACUCUCAUUCUUACUCAACUCAUAAACACUUGCAUUCCAUUCACUAGAAACGUCAGAAAUAUGAAGAAGUUCUUCUUUACAGCUCUUCUUCUUGUAGCCCUUCUCCUCAGUUCUUCACACAUCCGCACCACAAUGGCUUCAAGUUUUUGCGAUAGUAAAUGUGCAGUGAGGUGUUCAAAGGCAGGAUUGAAGGACAGGUGCUUGCGUUACUGCGGAAUUUGCUGCGAGGAGUGCCAUUGUGUGCCUUCUGGGACCUAUGGGCACAAGGAUGAAUGUCCCUGUUAUAGGGACAAGAAGAACUCUAAGGGCAAACCCAAGUGCCCUUAGAGAGAUCACAAUAUUUAGCCAUGUCCCUUACAGUGGACUCACAGAAUUAUAUACUUCUAUAGUAUAAAUUUUAGGUACUGGUUGGGAAUCAAACCAAGGGAAUAAAACUUGAGAGUUUUUUGGGUUUCGUUUUGGAGUAAUUUCAUGAAUUAUGAGCUUGUUAUAUGGAUCUAUGAUCCUAUGUUAUGAGUAAUUUAUAUUGUUGUGAUU